GCAUGUAGCACUGUCGUAGGCGCGCCUCGAUUCUCCGAACAGCUUCAGCGGAAUCUUGAACAUCGAUCGAACGUCAUGUCGAUGAAUGUCGAGCCGCUCUUAAUCUCAAUCGAGAGCAGCCUUUCGGCCGCGCGCAAUCGGGCGUCGUGACGCAGACGAGGUUCUGUGGAGACCAAUGAUGAGUGGAGUUUUGGGCGUGGUGUCGUUGGGCGUUCCUCCUUUUCCAGCGUCUGAUCGUGUGACAUUUUUUGGGAGGAAGCGCGUUCGAGUCGCGUGCGCUUUCGACACAGGAUGGAACAGGAGUCGCGGUAAGGGUCAAAGAAAGAAGAAGGAGGAUGUCUUGAAGUUGGACCGUGGAAAAUUAUGGCACUCGCGAGCUUCUCAAAUUUUGGCAGUGCAAAAGCCCGAGUCUUCAACCUCUUCGGAGACAGAAGUUUCUUCAGAAGUGGCCGAUAUCGUCCUCCAAGAUAUUGAGAUUCUGACCGAAUCUCAAGCAGAGCUGCAGCAGAGAUUAUUUUCAAAUGUGAAUCAAGCCACUCUGCAACAUGAGCCCGGAAAUUUGCUCAGCGCCGUCCUGCUUGUCGCUGGCACUACGAUUGGAGCAGGAAUACUCGCAAUUCCAGCCGUAACACAGGAUGCUGGCUUCUUAGCUUCUUCAGCUACGGUCGUAACUUGUUGGUUAUACAUGGUUGGGACGGGUCUUCUGGUUGCUGAAGUGAAUGUCAACACUAUGUGCGAGCUUGGAGCAGGGGGCGUAUCAAUCGUGUCCAUGGCUGAUCGUACUUUGGGUCGACCUGGUGUCAGAGUCGCAUGUGGUACAUACAUAUUCAUACACUAUGCACUUCUGGUCGCCUACAUCGCUCGCUCGUCCGAGAUCAUUUCAAAUUCGAUUGGCUCUCCCUUAUGGCUCAGUGGACUUAUUUUUACUGGUGCUAUCGGUGGUCUGUGUUACUUCGCUAGUCCACGCACGGUAGGAGCAGUGAAUGGAGUCUUGGUGGCGGGCAUCGUUACCAGUUUUGCAGCUCUGGUUGUAGUAGCAGGAGGAGAUUUGCAUUUGGAAUCAUUGGCACGAGUAAACCUCGGAGCCGUGUUACACAGUGUACCCGUGAUAGCUCUCUCUUUUGUUUACCAGAACGUUGUUCCAGUUAUCUGCACGGAUUUAGAAGGAGAUCUACCAAAAAUAAGGUCAGCUGUCGUCUAUGGAACUUCCAUUCCACUGGUUAUGUUUCUAGUGUGGGAUGCAUUGAUUUUGGGGAGUUUCCCCGCUGUCAGUGAUUCUAUCAAUAUAGCUCCAACUAUGGUAGAUCCUUUGGCUAUUCUUCGAUCAACGAAUGGUGUAGUCGGGCCCAUCAUAGAGACAUUCUCUCUUCUCGCCGUGGCGACCUCUUACAUCGGCUUUGUCUUGGGGCUGGCAGACUUCCUCGCAGAUUUGCUGAAGCUGCCAUCGGGAGGAUUGAAGCAGCCGCUUCCUUAUUUGUUGACUCUAAUUCCGCCACUUGCACUUGCACUGACAUCACCUGGUAUAUUCUUCAAGGCUUUAGACUUUGCGGGCACUUACGGAGUGCUGGUUCUCUUCGGUAUCAUACCCGCAGCAAUGGCCUGGUCAGAGCGAUACUCCGAUACGUCUUUACCAACUUUGAAAGCUCGAUUAGUUCCAGGCGGCCGCAUAACGUUAUCCAUCAUCAUCGGCUUUGCAGGCGUUAUCAUCACGUCAGAAAUUGCUCGUCAACUUUCACCUUGAACUUCUGCAGAAGUUUUUUUUAAUCCUGUAGAAGCUUUUGUCUUGUGCCAGGAAUGAUACAAGACACAAAAAUCCCGUACACUCAUACCAUGCUGGCACAACCUCGCAUUGGCACCCUUUUCCUUUAUUAGAGUGGUUGUUCGCAUUCACUUUGGCAUCCUUUGUAGAUACACAUCACAAUUGGUGUAAUAUAUUCGUCUCAAAAGAUUAAUAUCUCUACCGAAA